CUCCCGCUCACUGACAUCUUCGUGCCUGCCCUUGCCGCUACUAGCCUGGCCUCCCUGUGUGCCGUCCGGGCUGCAAAGCGACGGCCGUCGAGGUGGGCAAUCAGGGCCGGAGCUUCCCCCCUCGCUUCUGGAGCAGUUGGACGCGCCCGCGGCCGCGUCACCCAUUGUUUACAAACCAACCGCAGCAGCAACAACAGCGUUUUGAGAGCGAGCGAGCGAGCGGAGAGGGCGCCUCAUUGGUAGCUGCGGAACGAGCAGCGGAGGCGGCAGCGUGCGCGCCAAGCGGAGGAAAGGAAAGCGGAGCCGGCUGCCAUGCCCUGCCGACGACCGGGCGCAGAGCGCUUCCUGCUGCUGGAGCAUGCCGUGUCGUUGCCGGGCGGCGCCGUCGGGGCGAGCAGCGGCUCCAAGGAAGUAGACGCGCUGGUGGCCAAGCUGGGCGAGGUGCUGCAGCUGAGCGCCCAGCGCCGUGCGCCACCCGCCCCUCGUCUACCCCCCAAGCGCCAAGGCCGCGACCGGGCGGCCCCUUACUCGUCUCCGAGGGGGCUCGGCUUCUUAGCCUCGCUGCACCACCACCACCGGCACCCGCCGCCCCACGCGCUGUCCCCGGCGUCGCUGCUGCUGCUGCCUCCGUCCCCGCCCAGCGCCGCCGACCGCCAGGGCAGCCCUCGGGUGGCCAAGCAGCUGUGCGGACGGGGCUGGCUGAGGAGCGCCGGGAAGAAGCAACGCCAGCAGCACUCUAGACUGUCGGCGGGCGACGAGGACGACGAGGACGAGGACGACGACCCGCACCGGCUCCUGCAAGAACUCAUCCUGUCCGGCAACCUCAUCAAAGAAGCCGUCCGGCGGCUGCAGCUGGCGGCCACGACGCCCUCGACGGCGCCGGCCGAGGCCUCCUCCGCCACGGCAUCCCCCGGCUCGACUUCGUCCACCGGCAGCUGUUGCUGCCACAGCAGCAGCGAAGGAGACUCGACGGCAGCCUCGGCGUACGGCGUCUCCGCUUUGCAGCCCCGACCGUGACGCCCCCACCCUACCCGUCCGGGAUGCAGCCGUGCCCUCCCGAUCGCCGACAGCCCCCCUCUCUUUCACGAAACCAUGGGGGGCAGAGUAUGGGAAUAGUCUUUGCACCUUUUCCCUCUCUGCUACACACACAGUUAGGGAUUUAUGGCGGGGGGGGGGGAGGAGCAAACGCGACGGCGACGAGGUGCGACUGCAAAUCCCCAGACGCGGAUUAUCGAGGCAGCGCCGUAUAUACUUGAAGCAGACUUGUCUAUUUGCUACGAGACACUGAACGAUUAUUAUUCUUUGUAGCUCGUCGUUACGGACGGAGCCAUGAGCCCGGCUAUUACUGACUCACUGUUCUCUCUUUAUUAAGAAAAUUGUGGUGCUAUGCAGCCCUGGACGGUUGCCCUCGCAGCCUUUCCCGUCGAGCAGCUAAGAGCCAGCCAAGAUGACCCGAAUCUGCCUCCUGCGCCAGGAUUUGUGCUUUCCGUCUGAACGCUACUGCUCCACCGCCGCAGUAGCAUGUUCUUUUUUUGGAGGUGGAGGGGGGAGAGCGAGCAAAAAAAAGGGGGGGUACCACCCCGCAUGGCAUUUUCUAGUGUGGAAUCAUUCUUACGCACACGCCGGUGUGUUGCUUGAGAGGGGUCGGGCGGGGGGUGCUGAACAGUAAAGGCAUGUCAGAUGUUUUCUAUUGGAAAAGGAGGGUGGAGCCAGUACACUAUUGAAUGCAAAUAUGAAUUGGUUUGAAGAGCUGCGCCCCCCACCCUUUCUGCCAAGGUCACCCCUUUCUGCCUUUCCCGUCCAGGCUCUGUUUGUUCAUGUUGCGUUCCCCAGGCAGUUGGAGAUCGUAAUCCUAUCCGAGCUUGUUUUGACUGGGCUGUGGGCGAACCCUGUGUGUUUUGUAACGGCUGGGAGUCUCCUGAGGACGCACACGUUGCCAUCCGAGUUGUUGUGCUUUUCUCCCCCCCUUUUUUUUUCCUAAAAGCUCCUCCUCUCCCUACAAACAGGAUUCUGAGAAAGGAGGUCAUGUUACAGCAGUCUUUCUAAGAAAUCUCCCCCCCCUUCCCCGCCAGUCAUAAGCAAAUCUCUGGGGCUCUGCCUAGCCAAGGGUAUUUGGGUUGCCUCUUUUACACCGCCUAUGAUCCCCAAAUUUCCCUUGUGAGUCUGUCCUCUUACACACAAAAGAGGGAAAAUAAACGUUGCCUCUUGUUUUGGAUUGUCUCAACGAACCAUUUGCAUUAUGUGUAAAUUCUCUUUCUGGAGACUCUUGGGGCUUUCACUAUUUUUAUCUUUUACAUAAAUCUGUUUUGCGGCUGUAUGUAGCCGUUUAAAAAUGUGAAUAUUCAUGCUGGAAAGUGGUUGGCUAACAUGCAGUGAGAGGCUGAGGGCGAAGACGCACAUUGUUCACAGAAGGUAGCUAAAAACGAGCUUUUUAACAUUAAAAGCAAAAAAAAUAAAAAUGAAUAAAUACACACAGAACCUCAAUGGCUCAAUCAGCAGAAGAA